UGACAGAUGUUCCAUCGAUGCUAGCGAGGGGAAAAAAAAUAAAAAUGGACCCUUCCGGUCUCCAACAGACUGUGCUUACAACGCGGGCUUAUUCGCUCACCAUUUUGUUAUAGACCCUCGCGUCUAAAUGCUACUAUUUUCUUCGAGGGGUAGUUCGCUAAUUGGACAAGUUACCGUCGUCUUUUCUUGGCGUUUUUGUGGUUUUGGCUUGAGGCUCGCGUAGCUGUUAGCUGGCUAAAGUAGGAGGCUAGCGUUUAAUUAUAUUUAUUUUAUAUGUAUGUUUUCCCCCCAACAGAAAUACAACGCUGACAGUGACACGGGUUUCCGCCGCUUAAGGCAUAAAAGGGACAAGCGGUAGGAAAUGGAUGGAAGGGAUGGAUGGCCUGGAUAUGAUCAGACGGAACUGGGGAUGGAAAGGAGGACGGCUGCUGACGAAAUGCGCUCUUUUCAACCAUAUUUGAGCUCCGAAGCAAGAAAGAGACCUAAUUUUUGUGAUGAAACAGAAGAGCCCAUGAGGAAGAUGCCCAUGCCAGAGUUUGGUUCCUGGCAUGGAUUUGAGCCUGUGCACUUUGUUAGCAGCAGCGGCGGAGGAGCAUAUGGCGCUGACGAGAAGGAGAACGAUAAGGAGCCUAGAAGGAGUGAUUCGUACGCCGGGUGGGACAGGGAAUAUCCACACGCUUCCCACAGCAGCAGUGGCAGAGCUCAAAGCUCCUACCUUAAUCCUGCUUUUGACCAAGUGCAGCCGUACACGUCUGACUCUUGGGGUUCCCAAAGGGAUCGAGACUGGGAGAGAAACUCUGGCACCUCUUUCGGUGGUGCAGUCGGUUUAGGUUACGGGGGCCACGGAUCCUCAUCAAACUUCAUGACAAAGAUACGGCAGGAGUACUCAAACAAGUAUGAUGCCCACAGUUCUCAAAAUUUAGAUACCUACUCACAACCACACAGGUACAAUGAAUACGGGAGAGGGAACAGACCAGACUCCGGACGUCACGGUUUAGGAUAUGGCCACCAGGACCCCCAAUCAUCCACCCAGCCUCAUAACCAAGCAUCUGCCACCUUUCAGCUGGUGGAUACAUUGAACCCCGUCCCUAUCUCUGAGAGCCCACUAGACGAGAAGAAAAAUCUCAUUGCCAAUUUGGCUUCUGCAGUGGUUAGCGCUCUUAAGGAUCCUCGGUACGCCAAUGCCACCGCUACUCAUAAUUACAGCUUCUUGUUGAGUCGCAGCAUUCAAGCGUGCAAGACCAACCCGAAGUACAUUUACGUCAAUCUGAAAGAUAUCAAUCCGGUCGACAUACCCACGAACCGCAACGUGCCGUCGGAAGGCUAUGCCUGUGAGCUGAGGUGUCAGGGUGUGUAUCUGGCCACAGGAUACGCUGGAAGUAAAAACGGAGCAAGGGACCGCGCCUCUGAGCGGGCUGUCAAACUUUUUAUGAAGCCUGUGACGGUCUGUACGGUGCAGCGCAAGUACAACCACACAGUGUUCAAUGACGUUGUUGUGCGGCAGAGAAACUGCUUCACUCCUGUCUUCCCACCUGCCCUUGGGAAGCCAGAGGACUUCGGAUACCCCAGCUUUAAGGGCCCCUACGAGCCCGACAUGAAGAAGCACUGGACAGAGUUUGUGGUGCAGGAGAACGCCCAAGAUGCCAUCUGCAUACUCAAUAACUCUGCAGCCUUCUGUCAUAUGAGGGUGUACUACAAGUUUCAGCAUCUACCCAACGGUUAUUGGCUGUGCAGCGUUUAUGUGCAGGAUGAAAUGGUUGCGCAGGCCACUGGAACCAAAAAGACCUCCAAGCAUUCCGCCGCAGGAGAAGCACUAGAAAAGCUACGCGUGAACCAGGCGUCACGCCAACAAAAACAACAACAGCAGCAGCAGCAGCAGCAGCAGCAGCAAGAGCCACAGGGCACAAGGGGAAAUUAUCAGUCAGAGUCAGGUGGACAGUUACGACAGCGUGGCUUAAAAAACAAACAUCUGAGUCAGUUGGUCAUCUUUGAUAAUGGGGACAAUGCCAUUUGCAUCAUCAACGACACAGCUCAGUUUAACAAAAUAUCAGCCGACUACAAGUUCACACGCUUACCCGAUAAUAAUUGGAAGUGUGAGGUCUACCUGGCAGGACAGUUUGUGGCAGCAGCUGUCGGAGCUAAAAAGCAGGUGAAGCACGUCGCAGCACAGGAGGCUCUGGCCACAUUGAAGCAGACGCAGGCCGUGGUCCGGUCCAACCUGAGAAAGGAAGGUCACAACGACUCCAUAUCCCGCUCUCAGAUCAUGGGUCGUUCUGACGAAGAGGCCAUAAAGCAGGAGAUAAAGGAAGACAACAUCGGAAACCAGCUGCUGCGUAAGAUGGGGUGGAAGGGAGGCGGCUUGGGGCGAGACGGAGAGGGCAUUGCAGAGCCCAUCAAAGUCAAGAAGCAGUACUCCAGGGAGGGUUUGGGCUUGGACAGUGUCAAAUUCAGCAGCCAGCUCAGCAAACAGGACAUUGAGGACAUCAUUCGCACGUACGUCAGGUCGGGGCGCCAGGACGACCUCCGCUUCGCCAACGACCUGACCAACGAGGAGCGCAAGCAGAUCCACCAGGUGUCGCUACAGUACGGCCUACGGAGCAAGUCGUACGGACAGGGGAGUCAGCGAUUCCUAGUGGUCAGUCGCAGAGUGGACACAAACCAGCUCAUUGGUCAGCUCCUACAGAAAGGACAGGUGGGACGAUAUGAACUUGUAAAACCUCAGGCCUCGAAUUGAUUUACCCGGACAAAUCACUGCACUCAAUUUGUGCGAGGUAAAAGCCAGUCAUGGUCUGGACUCUUCAGGUAACGCCUGGGGUAAGGCUGUCCAAUAAACACAUCUGAAUCACGGUCACUAUUAUGGCUGCCACCAUGAAAUUAGGAUGAUCUAAAACAUUUUGAGAGUGCCACCAAAUUAACGAUGCGUAUUUCAUAGGGAUGUAACGUUACCAAGAUGUCACAGUAUGAUGUUUUAAGGCCAUGGAAUGAUAAUGUGGAAUUGUCCCAAAAAAUAAAAAAAAAGUCAUGGUAAAAAUGGCAGCGUGUUACAGAGGCAGGAAUGUUUAGGAUAAACAUACUUACUACAAUUGAACACUAACAUAACGCUCAAAUCUUCUAAUCUGAUUUAUUCCUGCAAACUUGUAUUUUUAGGUGCAAAGAAUUGUGCGGAAACAUCCACACAUUAGCUUCAAAUAGAUUUUCCGCGUGACGGUUUGUCAAGUAGCUUGUCAUACCUUCUGUAAUGUGCAAUGUCACGCCCUCGGUCGGCUUGGAAACGCACGAGACAAAGGUACCGCUUUAGUACGCCGGGUUUAUUUCUCUGUCAGCAAUAUAACCAAAAUAGCUGUGAAUGGUUUUUGAUGAAAUGUUCAGGAAAUGUCCAUUCUAAACAAUUCCUCUUCUCUACUAGGGGGACACAUUUCUCCCCCUUGCGCAGAGGAUUAUGGGAAAUGUAGUUUUUUUUUUUUUUGUUUUUUUUUACAUCGGCCAUUGAAAAAACAAUACAGUCACCAAGUUUUUGUUUGACACUGUCAGACGUCCCAGCAUUAUUGCGACUUCUUAAUAUUUACAAUACCGUUACAUCCCUAGUAAUAUUUUUAAGUUUCAUUUUGAACUGAUAUUUGUGAUUUCAAUAUUGAUUAAAAUAAUUUGAGGCCAUAAAUGUGCAGCCUUAGCCCAGGUGGGAUAGAGUUCCUGCAAAAAGCCCUUUUUCUGCCCCUCGCAUAACCUUACAUUUCUUUGCGCAUAUACUUGUUAGAAGUACUACAUCUUGAUUUAUGUUCGUACCAAGCCGGAAAUAAGACUAUUCACUGUGUUAGCAUUUUCCACGAGGCGAUUCAAGCGACUGAUGGUAGUAUGGCCCCAUGAACUUUGAUGGGAGUAAUGCAUCAUGCAAUACUCAACCGUGGUUGCACUUUUUCCUGGUCAUUGUACGCAAGUUGCUCCUUCUGUUUAAUGGCAGACUGUAGUUGUGAAUAAACUCAAACUGAUAUCA